AUGGAAAAACCACCUAAAUGGCAAACAUGGGGAAUUGGAUUAUCAAUUGUUUCGGUGUGUUCUUAUGCAGCUCCAUUAGGGAUUCUCGUGUUGCCAUGUCUAUCAGCCUCAUUAUAUGAGCGAAUUAUGACAUUUUUGAUAGCACUAGGCAUAGGAGCACUAAGUGGAAGUACAAUGUUCAUUAUGUUGCCUCAGGCAUUCAACCUACAAUCCUUAGAUGAUUUUCAAUACCAUGAUAAGGCCGGUAUUAUACUCGCAGCUGUUUAUCUGUUCUUUUCCGUUGAUCGAAUUCUUCAAUACAUUCUGGAGAUACGUCGUAGAAAGCAAGCCAAGCGCAAAGUACAUCAAUCUACAUUAGCUUCUAUAAUGAAUGAAAAUCCAGCUGUUAAGAUUCGAAGUCCAACGGAAGAAACAACCAUCAGUCACAAUGAUUCUGACAUAUCGAAACAAUAUGUUGAACAUCAUAUUCCAAAUGAUCAAUCAAGUUCAUAUUUCAAGGAGAAGAAGCAUGAUAAGCAAAUAGAAAACAUGGAGAAAGCUCAAUUAGUCGAAGAUCUUGAAGUUGCAAUGGUUAACAAUGCUCUCGUUCGAACGUUUUCACAACGUCGUCAAGUGGCUGUCAUAACUACUGUAGAUGAUAUUGAGUAUGAGAAUCGGGAAGAGAAAGUUGAAAAGAAGAAUGGGCAAUUUCUUGAAGUUGUUAAUAAUGGCUUACAAAGAACGUUAUCGUUAAGAAAAUCCAAUUCGUCUAUUGACUCAAAGACAUCAAAUAAGCAACUACCGAAAGAUGAUGAUGAGAUUUCUGUUUCUGUUAAGAUCGUAGAGAAAAAAACAAUCGCCCCAGCAAACAUUGAAGUAGCUUCAGUAGCUUACAUGAUCAUAUUUGGUAGUAGUGCUAAUAACUUUGUUGAUGGAAUGAGUAUGGGUGCUGCCUUUUCUGAUAACCUUAUGAGAGGUAUGUCUAUUGGUAUAGCUGUUAUCUCUCAACAGUUCCCUCAAGAGCUCGGUACAUUGGCUAUUCUGGUAAAAUCAGGAUUGGGAUUACGUAGAACUCUGCUAUUUAAUCUCAUUCCAAUCAUUCUAUCAUAUUUGGGAUUUGUAAUUGGAGUUCUAUUAGACAACGUUGAUAGUGGAUAUGAUGAUUACAUAUUCGCCAUCUCAUCAGGAAUGUACAUGUAUAUCUUUCUUGGAACAUUGAUACCGGAAAUACGUGACUCGACAAAUGAGCUGAUCAAGCAAAAUCUGAAAGAAAGUAUAUUGGUUACAGCACUACAAGUACUCGGAAUUGGUUCAGGCAUUACAUUGAUGUAUGCCAUGAGCAUAGUUGAUGUGUCUGUGGUUUGA